CAAGUAAGCGGGCGGGCGGGCGGGCGCGCAGGCAGGUGCCGCAUCCCAGAGCCUCGCCAAUGCCAGCGCCGGCAUUUCCCAACCGAGGGCGAACUGCACGGAGCCUCUGAGCCCGCAAAAGGGCAUUUUCAGGAGCACAAUCCUAGCAAGAGAAGUAAAACCUUCAAACCAUCAGGAUGGCAGGAGCUUCUGUAAAGGUGGCAGUGCGGGUGCGUCCUUUCAACUCCCGAGAAAUGGGCAAGGACUCCAAAUGUAUCAUACAGAUGACAGGAAACACCACAACUAUCAUUAACCCAAAGCAGCCCAAGGAGACACCAAAAAGUUUCAACUUCGACUAUUCCUAUUGGUCUCACACAACACCUGAAGACAUCAACUAUGCUUCUCAAAAGCAAGUGUACCGGGACAUUGGAGAAGAGAUGCUGCAGCAUGCUUUUGAAGGUUAUAAUGUCUGCAUAUUUGCCUAUGGCCAGACUGGGGCUGGCAAGUCCUACACUAUGAUGGGCAGACAGGAGAAGGACCAACAAGGCAUAAUCCCCCAGCUUUGUGAGGAUCUCUUCUCUCGAAUCAAUGACACGACGAAUGACAACAUGUCAUACUCAGUGGAGGUGAGCUACAUGGAAAUAUACUGUGAGCGUGUGCGUGACCUCCUGAACCCCAAGAACAAAGGAAACCUGAGGGUGAGAGAGCACCCACUCCUUGGACCAUACGUCGAAGAUCUCUCGAAACUAGCUGUCACAUCCUAUAAUGACAUCCAGGAUCUAAUGGACUCUGGAAACAAAGCCAGGACGGUGGCUGCCACCAAUAUGAAUGAAACCAGCAGCCGCUCACAUGCCGUCUUCAACAUUAUCUUCACCCAGAAACGGCAUGAUGCAGAGACUGACAUCACCACUGAGAAGGUCAGCAAAAUUAGCUUAGUGGAUCUUGCAGGGAGUGAACGAGCUGAUUCCACAGGAGCAAAAGGCACAAGACUGAAGGAAGGAGCAAACAUCAAUAAAUCACUCACUACACUGGGGAAGGUGAUUUCUGCUCUGGCUGAGAUGGAUUCAGGACCAAAUAAGAAUAAGAAGAAGAAAAAAACAGACUUUAUUCCAUACCGGGAUUCUGUACUUACCUGGCUGCUCCGAGAAAAUCUAGGUGGUAACUCUCGGACUGCUAUGGUUGCUGCUCUCAGUCCGGCUGACAUCAACUAUGAUGAGACUCUCAGCACCUUAAGGUAUGCUGACCGAGCUAAGCAGAUCAGAUGCAACGCUGUCAUUAAUGAGGAUCCUAACAACAAACUGAUCAGAGAACUGAAGGAUGAAGUGGCUCGCCUGAGAGACCUGCUGUACGCCCAGGGCCUGGGAGACAUCAUUGACACCAAUCCUGUUCCAGGAGGACCUAAAUACAUGUCCGACUUUCAGAACAAUAAUGAUAAUCGUAGAGUGGCAGAUAUGAGUCAACGCCAUGACAAUCUCUCCACAGUGACCAAUGCCUUGGUAGGAAUGAGCCCGUCCUCCUCACUCUCAGCCUUGUCCAGCCGAGCUGCUUCUGUCUCCAGUCUCCACGAACGCAUCAUGUUUGCUCCAGGUAGUGAAGAAGCCAUUGAGAGACUGAAGGAAACUGAGAAGAUCAUUGCUGAGCUGAAUGAAACAUGGGAAGAAAAGCUGCGCAGGACAGAAGCAAUUCGUAUGGAUAGGGAAGCUUUGCUUGCAGAAAUGGGAGUGGCUAUGAGAGAAGAUGGUGGUACACUGGGAGUGUUUUCACCUAAAAAGACACCACAUCUGGUCAACCUAAAUGAGGACCCACUCAUGUCUGAGUGCCUUCUGUAUUACAUUAAAGAUGGAAUAACCAGGGUUGGUCGAGAAGAUGCUGAGAGGAGGCAGGACAUUGUCCUCAGCGGUCACUUCAUCAAAGAAGAGCACUGCAUAUUCCGAAGUGACACUAAGGCUGGCAGUGAAGCAGUGGUGACUCUAGAACCUUGUGAGGGAGCAGACACCUAUGUCAAUGGAAAGAAAGUAACAGAGCCCAGCAUCUUAAGAUCAGGAAAUCGCAUAAUCAUGGGAAAGAGCCAUGUAUUUCGAUUUAACCAUCCUGAGCAGGCACGCCAGGAGCGGGAGCGAACUCCUUGUGCAGAGACCCCAGCUGAACCAGUGGACUGGGCUUUUGCCCAAAGAGAGCUGUUGGAGAAACAAGGCAUUGACAUGAAGCAGGAGAUGGAACAGAGGCUUCAGGAACUGGAAGAUCAGUACCGGAAGGAAAGAGAAGAAGCUAAUUACCUUCUGGAGCAGCAAAGACUUGAUUAUGAGAGUAAACUGGAGGCUUUACAGAAGCAGAUGGACUCAAGGUAUUAUCCUGAGGCUAAUGAGGAAGAGGAGGAACCCGAGGAUGAAGUACAAUGGACAGAGCGAGAGUUUGAGCAGGCACUCUGGGCCUUCAGGAAGUGGAAAUGGUACCAGUUUACAUCUCUUCGGGACCAGCUGUGGGGCAAUGCCAUUUUCUUGAAGGAGGCCAAUGCCAUCAGUGUGGAGCUGAAGAAGAAGGUUCAGUUUCAGUUUGUGCUCCUUACGGACACCCUGUACUCACCUCUGCCUCCAGACCUGCUUCCUCCAGAUGCUGCCAAAGACCGUGAGAAACGUCCUUUCCCGAGGACUAUUGUGGCAGUGGAGGUGCAGGACCAGAAGAAUGGAGCAACCCAUUACUGGACUCUGGAGAAACUCAGGCAGAGGUUGGACCUGAUGCGGGAGAUGUAUGACCGGGCUGCUGAAGUGCCCUCUAGUGUUAUAGAAGACUGUGACAAUGUGGUGACAGGAGGAGACCCCUUUUAUGAUCGCUUCCCUUGGUUCAGGCUGGUUGGCAGUUCAGAUAUCUCUGGCUGCAACAGCUCUCCUAUUUUCAACACAUGCAUGAGCGAGCGCAUGGCUGAUCUCACCCCCUCCCCCACCUCCUCGAACCCUGACUCCGACAUCACCGAGCCUGCUGACGAGCAGCACGUGGGGAAGGAGGAGGAGGAGGAUGACCUGGAGGAAGACAUCUUUCCGGAGUACCCGCUGUAUGAUGGCCAGGAUCCAUUUUACGACCGCUCCCCCCUGUUCAGUUUAGUAGGAAGAGCCUUUGUAUAUCUCAGCAACUUGCUGUAUCCUGUACCUCUGGUGCACCGCGUCGCCAUUGUCAGCGAGAAGGGGGAAGUGAAAGGGUUCCUGCGUGUGGCUGUUCAGGCCAUCUCAGCUGAUGAAGAAGCACCAGAUUAUGGCUCAGGAGUGCGGCAAUCUGGAACGGCCAAAAUUUCCUUUGAUGAUCAGCACUUCGAAAAGUUCCAGUCUGAGUCCUGUCCUGUAGUGGGAAUGUCCCGCUCUGGAACUUCACAGGAGGAGCUGCGUAUCGUAGAGGGACAGGGACAAGUAACUGACAUAGGACCAUCUGCAGAUGAAGUCAACAACAACACCUGUGCAGCCACUCCUGAGGAUCUUCUCCUGGACACUUCAGAGAAGUCUGUGGUGGAUGGGCCUUUAGAGGCAGCCCUUGAGCACCUGAAGCUGGGCAGCAUAUUCACUUUCAGAGUGACAGUUUUGCAGGCAUCUAGCAUCUCAGCAGAAUAUGCAGACAUCUUCUGCCAGUUUAACUUUAUCCACCGCCAUGACGAGGCCUUCUCCACAGAACCCUUGAAGAACACUGGGCGAGGCCCACCUCUUGGCUUCUAUCAUGUACAAAAUAUUGCAGUGGAGGUCACCAAAUCUUUCAUUGAGUAUAUCAAGAGCCAGCCAAUUGUUUUUGAGGUAUUUGGGCACUAUCAGCAGCAUCCUUUUCCGCCUCUCUGCAAGGAUGUCCUCAGCCCCCUAAGACCAUCCCGGCGCCAUUUCCCUCGGGUCAUGCCAUUAUCCAAACCAGUGCCUGCAACCAAACUGAGUGCCAUGACGAGGCCCAGCAUUGGCCCCUGCCAGUGCAAGUAUGAUCUGAUGGUUUUCUUUGAGAUCUGUGAGCUUGAGGCCAAUGGCGACUACAUCCCUGCUGUUGUGGAUCACCGUGGAGGAAUGCCCUGCCUUGGAACAUUCCUUCUACACCAGGGUAUCCAGAGGAGGAUCACUGUCACCCUGGUGCAUGAGACAGGGAGCCACAUUCGCUGGAAAGAAGUGCGGGAGCUGGUUGUGGGUCGGAUUCGGAACACCCCAGAAGGAGAUGAAUCCCUCAUUGACCCCAACAUCCUGUCUCUGAACAUCCUGUCAUCAGGAUACAUCCGCCCCUCCCAGGAUGAUCGGCAGUUUCUUGAUUCGGAUAUGCCUAGCAUUUCACUGGGAAAUGACACUAGGACGUUUUACCAGUUUGAAGCGGCAUGGGAUAGCUCCAUGCACAACUCUUUGCUGCUGAAUCGUGUCACCCCAUACAGAGAGAAAAUCUACAUGACCCUCUCGGCUUACAUUGAGAUGGAGAACUGCACCCAACCAGCUGUGAUCACCAAAGAUUUCUGCAUGGUUUUCUACUCCAGAGAUGCCAAACUCCCUGCUUCUCGAUCCAUCCGCAAUCUUUUUGGAAGUGGGAGCCUUCGAGCCUCAGAGAGUAACCGUGUAACUGGGGUAUAUGAACUCAGCCUUUGUCGGGUGGCUGAUGCUGGCAGUCCAGGCAUGCAAAGAAGACGAAGGCGUGUGCUUGACACAUCUGUGGCGUAUGUGCGAGGCGAGGAGAACCUGGCAGGCUGGCGGCCCCGUAGCGACAGUCUCAUCUUGGAUCAUCAGUGGGAACUGGAGAAACUGAGCCUCCUGCAAGAAGUUGAGAAAACAAGGCAUUACCUGCUUCUGCGUGAGAAACUAGAGACAACCCAGCGCUUGGGUCUCGAUUCCCUUUCCUCAAGCUCCUGUGAAGACUCGGAUUCCCGCAGUACAUCUUGUGUUUCCUCUCCAAUCUCAGCAGAUGGUACCCCUGAGGGGAGGAAUUUGCCACUGGACACCCCCAGUGAGAGGCAAAAAGAACUUGCUGUCAAGUGCUUGCGCCUCCUUACACACACAUUCAACAGAGAGUACACCCACAGCCAUGUCUGUGUCAGCGCAAGUGAGAGCAAGCUAUCUGAAAUGUCAGUGACUCUGCUAAGAGACCCUUCCAUGCCAGCCCUUGGUGGUUCCACCUUGACCCCCUCCUCCACCUGCCCAUCAUUGGUUGAAGGACGGUACAGUGGCACAGAUGCCAGAACUCUGCAGCUCUCUUCAAGGGCAGAAAGCCCUGAAUUUGAGCCCACAGUUGAAGGAGAACAAAAGAAAUCCCCCACCUGUGGGCCUGAAGAUGAAAAGGAGACCCAGCGCCUUUUGGUCCCUGAUAUUCAAGAGAUCCGAGUCAGCCCUAUUGUCUCCAGGAAAGGCUACCUGCACUUUCUGGAGCCCCACACAAAUGGGUGGGUGAAGCGCUAUGUGGUUGUGAGACGCCCCUAUGUCUACAUCUACAACACCGACAAGGACUCUGUGGAGAGAGCAGUCCUCAAUCUCUCAUCAGCUCAGGUGGAAUACAGUGAAGACCAGCAGGCAAUGCUGAAAACCCCCAACACAUUUGCAGUGUGUACUGAACAUCGUGGGAUCCUGUUGCAGGCAAGCAACGACAAGGAUAUGCAUGAUUGGCUGUAUGCAUUUAAUCCUCUCCUGGCUGGAUCAAUAAGGUCCAAACUGUCUAGGCGGAGGACAGCCCAAACCAGAAUUUAGCCCAUCUCAUCAAACCAAGUGAAAUAAUGGGUGCUGUUUGAGGGUCCCCAUCUUAAAUUUGGAUCUCUUCUGUCAUUCAUCUUGCCAGAUGCCUGCACCACAGAGCGAUCCAUCUCAAGUUACAGCUUCAUUGGCCAAAUUCAUUUUUGUUGUAACUUUAGAAGCCUGGUACACCCUGGAAUCCUUGUGCACAUGUGAUCUUCCGCCCAUCUCUUUAUUGGGUGACCUAGGUGACAUAUGACCACUAACAAAGCAAGUGUCUUUUUU